AUGGCUACUUUAGAAGAUAAAAUUCUUGGAGAGAAAACCCAUAAUUAUUGCAGUAGCAGUGAAGACAGUGAUGGCGAAAAUUCGGAAUCUGAAGAAACUUCAUCAAAAGCAAAUAAAAUCACUCAAGAAACAAUUUGUACUUCUGAAAUAAAUAAAUGGGAAGGAACAUCUACCAAUACAGGACCAAAAGGAGUUCUAAAUGAUUGGCAAAAAUAUAAACAAAUGGAGAAUGAAAAGCGCGAGGAUGAGGAUAAGCAAAAAAUUGAGUUGAUAAAGAAGUUGACUCUAACAGUUAGAACAGCUCUAGAUGAAGAGCGUGAAAAGGCUGCUUUAGAGGACCCUGAGCUAGCUGAAUUAUUAAAUGAUGACUUUCUCCUUAAUUACCAAAAGCAGAGAAUGCAAGAAAUGAUACAGCAGACAAAUCACAAAAUCACAUUUGGUGAUCUCAUCAUGUUGAGAAGUGACCAAGAAUUUUUGGAUGCCAUUGACAAAGAACAUGAAUCAGUAAAAAUAAUUGUUCAUAUUUAUGAAGAAAAUGUUGAAGCCUGUGGAAGUAUGAAUUUGUGUCUUAACAAUCUCUCUAAGAUUUACAAUAAUGUGAAAUUCUGCUCUAUCCUUGGUUCUUGUGUUGGUAUCAGUAAGAAAUUCAAAGCUGCUGGAGUUCCAGCAUUGCUUGUAUAUAAGGCAGGAAACCUUAUUGGAGUCUGUUUACGUCUUUCUGAUGAUCUUGGAAAUUAUUUCAUGCCAGAAGAUGUUCAGGAAUAUUUGGUUGAACGUGGUUUGCUUGAAGACAAAACAUGUACCCCAGCACUAAUAAGGAGUACUACAAUAGAUUCAAGUGAUAGUGAAUAA